AUGCCUCCGCGCGCGCCGCCCGCGCCAGGGCCCCGGCCGCCGCCCCGGGCCCCCGCCGCCGCCGGGGACUCGGACACCGACACGGACACGGGGGGCGCCGGCGGGCCCGGGCUCCGGCCGCUCGCGCCGCGCCCCUGGCGCUGGCUGCUGCUGCUCGCGCUGCCCGCCGCCUGCUCCGCGCCGCCGCCGCCGCGCCCCGUCUACACCAACCACUGGGCGGUGCAAGUGCUGGGCGGCCCGGCCGCGGCGGACCGCGUGGCCGCGGCGCACGGCUACCUCAACUUGGGCCAGAUCGGAAACCUGGAAGAUUACUACCACUUUUAUCAUAGCAAAACCUUUAAAAGAUCAACCUUGAGUAGCAGAGGCCCUCACACCUUCCUCAGGAUGGACCCCCAGGUGAAAUGGCUCCAACAACAAGAAGUUAAACGCAGGGUGAAGAGACAGGUGCGAAGCGACCCUCAGGCCCUUUAUUUCAACGACCCCAUUUGGUCCAACAUGUGGUACAUGCAUUGUGGCGACAAGAACAGUCGCUGCCGAUCAGAAAUGAAUGUCCAGGCGGCGUGGAAGCGGGGCUACACGGGAAAAAACGUGGUGGUCACCAUCCUGGAUGAUGGCAUAGAGCGGAAUCACCCUGACCUGGCCCCAAACUAUGAUUCCUAUGCGAGCUAUGACGUCAACGGAAACGAUUACGACCCGUCUCCGCGAUAUGAUGCCAGCAAUGAGAAUAAACACGGUACGCGCUGUGCAGGAGAGGUCGCCGCUUCAGCCAACAACUCUUACUGCAUCGUGGGCAUUGCGUACAAUGCAAGAAUCGGAGGCAUCCGCAUGCUGGACGGAGACGUGACCGACGUGGUGGAGGCCAAGUCCCUGGGCAUCAGACCCAACUACAUCGACAUUUACAGCGCGAGCUGGGGGCCGGACGACGACGGGAAGACCGUGGACGGGCCCGGCCGACUGGCCAGACAGGCCUUCGAGUACGGCAUUAAAAAGGGCCGGCAGGGCCUGGGUUCCAUUUUUGUCUGGGCGUCGGGGAACGGCGGCCGAGAGGGGGACCACUGCUCCUGCGAUGGCUACACCAACAGCAUCUACACCAUCUCCGUGAGCAGCACCACCGAGAACGGCUACAAGCCCUGGUACCUAGAGGAGUGUGCGUCCACCCUGGCCACCACCUACAGCAGCGGGGCCUUCUACGAGCGCAAAAUCGUGACCACGGAUCUGCGCCAGCGCUGCACCGAUGGCCACACCGGGACCUCAGUUUCGGCCCCCAUGGUGGCCGGCAUCAUCGCCUUGGCGCUGGAAGCAAACAGCCAGCUGACCUGGAGGGACGUCCAGCACCUGCUGGUGAAGACGUCCAGGCCGGCCCACCUCAAAGCAAAUGACUGGAAGGUGAACGGUGCUGGUCAUAAAGUUAGCCACCUCUAUGGAUUUGGCUUGGUAGACGCGGACGCCCUCGUCGUGGAGGCCAAGAAGUGGACUGCGGUGCCCCUGCAGCACAGCUGUGUCGCCGUCACAGACAAGAGGCCCAGGAGCAUCCCCGUGGUGCAGACGCUGAGGACCAGCGCCCUGACCACCGCCUGCGCCGACCACUCCGACCAGCGUGUGGGCUACCUGGAGCAUGUGGUGGCCCGAAUCACCGUCUCCCACCCACGCCGAGGGGACCUGCAGAUCCACUUGAUUUCUCCCUCAGGGACCAAGUCUCAGCUUUUGGCAAAGAGGUUGCUGGAUCAUUCCAACGAAGGCUUUACAAACUGGGAGUUCAUGACCGUGCACUGUUGGGGAGAGAAGGCCGAGGGGGAAUGGACCCUGGAAAUCCAGGACAUGCCGUCCCAGGUCCGCAACCCAGAGAAACAAGGGAAAUUGAAAGAGUGGAGCCUCAUCCUGUACGGCACGGCCCAGCACCCCUAUACCACCUUCAGCGCCCAUCAGUCUCGCUCCCGGAUGCUGGAGCUCUCGGCCCCAGAGCCAGAGCCACCCAAGGCCGCCCUGUCGCCGUCCCAGGCUGAGGUUCCCGAGGACGAAGAGGACUACACAGCUCCUCCCUCCCAUGGCUCUCCUAAUAUUUUACAGACCAGUGUGUGCCAUCCGGAGUGUGGUGACAAAGGCUGUGACGGCCCCAAUGCAGACCAGUGCUUGAACUGUGUCCACUUCAGCCUGGGGAGCGUCAAGACCAGCAGGAAGUGCGUGAACGUGUGCCCCUUGGGCUACUUUGGGGACAUGGCAGCCCGCCGCUGCCGCCGCUGCCACAAGGGAUGCGAGACCUGCUCGGGCCGGGGCCCCACCCAGUGCCUGUCUUGCCGCCGCGGGUUCUACCACCAUCAGGAGGUGAACACCUGUGUGACCUUCUGUCCCGCCGGAUUUUAUGCUGAUGAAAAUCAGAAAAACUGCCUUAAAUGCCACCCAAGCUGUAAAAAGUGCAUGGAUGAACCAGAGAAAUGUACUGUCUGUAAAGAAGGAUUCAGCCUUGCACGGGGCAGCUGCAUUCCAGACUGUGAGCCAGGCACCUACUUUGACUCUGAGCUGAUCAGGUGCGGGGAAUGCCAUCCCACCUGCCAGACCUGCGUGGGGCCCAGCAGAGAAGAGUGUAUUCACUGUGCCCCAAACUUCCACUUCCAAGACUGGAAAUGUGUGCCAGCCUGUGGCGAGGGGUUCUACCCAGAGGAGAUGCCGGGCUUGCCCCACAAAGUGUGCCGAAGGUGUGAUGAGAGCUGCUUGAGCUGUGAAGGCUCCAGCAGAAACUGCAGCCGGUGUAAGACAGGCUUCACACAGCUGGGAACCUCGUGCGUCACCAACCACACGUGCAGCAACGCCGAUGAGACCUUCUGCGAGAUGGUCAAGUCCAACCGGCUCUGCGAACGCAAGCUCUUCAUCCAGUUCUGCUGCCGCACCUGCCUCCUGGCCGGGAGCGAGGUCCUUCCGCAGCAUCUCUGGGCGCCCAGGCCAGGUGGGUGAGGGCUUCGAGGAGGUGUCAGCGAUGCCCUCUCACACCCUGCUUGCUGGCUCCGUUCUUCUGGCUAACUCACAACGGGAGUGGAACGAAUUCCAGGAAUCCACAGCUCCGGCUUCAGAGCAGCUUCUGGGACCGUAAGUUUACUGAAUCUUCGAGACCAAAGCAGAAAGGCGGGAUGCUUGGUGCGUUGCUCUUCUCCCCGUGCUUUUGGGCAGCCCGCAGACCCCUGGGCUGUGCCCCUGCGUGAUGGAGGGCUGAGGGGCAUACCUGCUCAUCUGCCUGCCACAGUCUGGGGGACGGUUUGGUCAGACUGUAAAUAAAACAGAUUUCGGGGCUUAAAACGUGCGACCGCUGGGGAUGGAGCAUCUAUUUCUACAUAAUCAGCGACUUCUGAAACUGCUGCCAUGGCUUAGAAAGUCAAAUCCCAAACGGAUGGGUUGGAGGGACCCUCCUUCCUCUGCCGCCCUUUCCUCUGAGGGAGCUGAAGGUCCCUGGUCUCUGCAUCCUGUCUGUGUCUCUGGGAGUCUCAUGGCCCAGAUGAACGGUCACCUCUGCCUAACACAGAGGGUCCCCAGGAGGCGUCCCGGGUGCUGGCCAAAAGGUGCCCCAACGACCAAGCAAUUCUUCCUACCAAAAUGUAAACCCAGCCUGUGAAUUGUUAAUUGUCUGUCGUGUCCCAUUUUGUGGAAUUGCUUUGAAAAUACAUUGGCCCUGCUUUUCAGGAGACUUGUUCUUAAGGUGGGCGCCCCUGUGUCUGUGUGUGCUAUGAGCCUAACGACACGGUUGGAUUUAUUUUUGCCAAACCUGUGUGGGUAUUUUAUAAGCUACGUGUUCUAAUUUUUACCGAUGUUAAUUAUUUUGACAAAUAUUUCAUAUAUUUUCAUUGAUAUGCACAGAUCUGCUUGAUCAAGUCCCUUUAAUAUGGGAGUAACAUUUGCCUUAAAUUUUUUCGAGCUCGUUCUCCAUUUCGUCCUGCUCCCCUCUGUGACUGUAACACGUUUGACGAGUCCCCUGUCAGCUGGGGGGGAGCCCAGCUGUUGUUUGUUGAAUCCACAACUCUGAAAAUGAAAUCCACAAAGCAAAUACAGUGUUAACCCUAAAUUAAUAAAAGAGUUAAC